AUGGAGAAGGACACCUACAAAAGCAGAGAAGAAAAACAAAUCAGCUUCAAGGUCAAGUCAUCUGUGCACAACCUGAGCAAAACUCAGCAGACCAAACUCACUGUUGGCAGCCUGGGAUUAGGCUUGAUCAUCAUCCAGCAUGGGCCCUACCUCCAGAUUACUCAUGUCAUCAAGAAGGGGGCUGCAGCCAGCGAUGGAAAACUCCAGCCAGGUGAUGUUCUGAUUAGUGUUGGCCAUGCCAAUGUGUUAGGAUAUACUCUUCGAGAAUUUUUAAAGCUUUUGCAACAUAUCGCCAUAGGAACAGUGUUGCAAAUAAAGGUGUAUCGAGAUUUUAUUGACAUACCCCAAGAAUGGCAAGAAAUAUAUGAUUUAAUCCCUGAGACCAAAUUCCCAAUAACAUGUGCAACAAAGAAAACUGAGCAGGCAAAAGAUGACUCUCUCACAAGCACUGAUGACAAGGAAGAUGUAGUUUUCAAUAAAAAAUUUAAGUAUUAUAAAUCCUCACAGUCCAUUGGACAUCGUCCUGCAAGGAGACCCAUGUCAAUCUCCAGAGAAUGGCACGAAUAUAAAAAGAAGAACCAGAUUAUCAGCGUAGGAACAGACAUUAACUGUGAUGUCAUGAUUCAUAGGGACCACAAGAAAGAAGUGAGAGCCCCUUCCCCAUACUGGACAAUGGUGAAGCAAGACAAAGACAGCUCUUCCUCCUCCUCAGCCUCAGAUGCAUUCUGGCUGGAAGACUAUGCCCAAGUUGAAAAGGGCGAGGGUCAAACUGCAUCAAAAGUUGGUUAGUAGUUUGCAAAUCUGUGAUCA